AAAGUUUGUUUACAAUUUAUACAACCGGUCGAAAACACGCGUUCAUGUGCGGUGUGGUUCAAUUCAAUUCAAGGAGAGUGGAUUCCAUCUUCAUAAUUUAAAGUUAAGGUCUGUAGUUUAUAAUCAAUUAAAAUGCUGCGUCGCCAGGCUCGACUCCGGCGGGAGUACCUAUACCGGAAAGCAGUUGAAAACAAACACAAGUCUAUGCAGGAUAAGAAGGCAAAGAUUAAAAAGGCACUUGAAACGCACACACCGAUUCAUGGGGAUCUAAAGCGAGACGCCCUAGCACUUCAGGACAAGCUCAAGUGGACAGACGAAGGGCCCAGAAGAGCUGCAGAAAUAGGCGGUGUCAGUGGCGGAGCCAAUAGUGCCAACUCUCAGGAUGACGAAUACCGAUAUGCUGGAUGCGAGGAUCCCAAAAUUAUGAUAACUACCUCCAGGGAUCCUUCGGCUAAGUUGAAACAAUUCGUAAAAGAGUUGCGGUUGAUUUUCCCGAACGCGCAACGUAUGAAUCGUGGUAAUUUUGAGAUGAAGCAGCUGAUACAUGCCUGUCGAGCUAACAAUGUUACGGAUUUCAUUGUGGUACAUGAACAUCGUGGUGUUCCCGACAAUUUGAUCAUCUGUCAUCUGCCGUACGGACCAACAGCUUCGUUCAAUCUUUCCGGGGUUGUAAUGCGGCACGAUAUCCCGGAAAUAGGACCAAUGAGCGAACAGAAGCCACAUUUGAUUUUUCAUAAUUUCAAAACCAAAUUAGGCGAGCGGACAAUGUCGAUUUUGAAAUAUCUUUUCCCGGUGCCUAAGGAAGACUCAAAACGGGUGAUGACGUUUGCCAACCACGAAGACUACAUUAGCUUCCGUCAUCACACGUUCCGGACGAUUGAUCGUGAACUGGUAAUAACCGAGGUAGGACCACGCUUUCAACUCAAGCUGUACCAAAUCAAGCUCGGUACUUUGGAUGAGCUGGACGCUGCGGACACAGAGUGGGUUUAUAGGCCUUACAUGAACACGGCAUCGAAGCGAAGAUUUCUUUCGGACGACGACGGUUGGAAACAGGAGGAUGAUGUGCAGUAAAAUUCAUGAAUAUGAUUAAUAAAACUGUUGAACGUAA